AUGGCAGAUAUAUUGGAUAGAGGGGCCAAACUCUUUGAUGGCCCGGAAAGAGAUUACAACCAUGCCACCGACUCCCAGUACCAGAACUUACGCUCCAAAGCCGAUGAGUUCUAUAAGAAAAGAAACCACUUGAGCCAACAAUCACAACUGGCAUACAAGACAGGAGAUAAACAACGUGCUCAUGAACUAAGCGAGCAGCUGAAACAGGCUCUUCAACAGGCAGAAUACUAUAGUGAACAAGCUGCUGAGUAUGUCUUUCGUGAAAAUAACACUGACUCUGCUGCCGAUGAGAUUGAUUUACAUGGAUUGUAUGUGAAAGAAGCCAAGUGGAUCGUGCAAAGACGCAUUGAGCAAGCCGUUAGAACCAAUCAAAGCCAUUUAAAAGUUAUUGUGGGGAAAGGGAAUCAUUCUGCUAAUGGCAUUUCCAAGUUGAAGCCAGCUAUAGCCGAGUUAUGCGAGGAGAGUAAUUUAAAACAUUACAUUGACCCAAAGAAUACAGGGGUGUUGGUGAUUGAUUUGAACAACGCUAGCUCGGCGCAACUUCCCAGUUCAUGGGGACAAAGUCCAAUUACCCAGCCACAGCAGGCGUAUCAUGGAAACAAUCAACCACAUUACUCUAACCAACACCAUGGUGGUCAAACUCACUACCAACAGCAAAAUAACCAAGAUAUCAAGACAGGAAAUCAAUUUGUCGAUCUACUUAUCAAAGGCCUUUGCAUGUGUCUUAACAAAAAAUAG